AAGCUGCAGAAGCAGCAGGCGGUGCAGCAGCAGCAGCUGGAGAAGCAGAUUCAGCUCCUGCAGCAGCAUCAGGAGAUGCUGCUCCCGGGCCGGGUCUCCGGGGAGAGGGUCCCUGCAGAGCCCGGGGAGCCAGGGCUGAGCCAGGGAAGCGCAUCGCAGCUCUCGCAGAGCUCCGGCCCCUUGGCCCACCUGAAGGACCUGGCUAAUGGGCUGGUCAGCCCCCAUCCAGCUGUCCUGGCAGCUGCAGAAGAUGCAGAAGCAGACAUGAUUGUAGUUGGGAAAGUUUCUUUUAACCCCAAGGAUGUGCUAGGCCACGGAGCUGGAGGAACCUUUGUCUUCAGGGGACAGUUUGACGGCCGGAACGUGGCUGUGAAGCGCCUCCUGCCCGAGUGUUUCCAUCUCGUGGACCGUGAGGUCCAGCUGCUGCGGGAGUCAGACGAGCAUCCCCACGUCGUCCGCUACUUCUGCACCGAGAAGGACAAGCAGUUCCACUACAUCGCCAUCGAGCUCUGCUCCGCCACGCUGCAGGAGUACGUGGAGAACCCCAGCUUUGACCGUUGCAACCUGGACCCGGUGUCUCUGCUGCGUCAGACCAUGUCCGGGCUGGCACAUCUCCACUCCCUCAGCAUCGUGCACCGUGACCUGAAGCCCUGUAACAUCCUCAUCUCCGUCCCGAAUCGCCACGGGCAGAUCCGAGCCGUCAUCUCUGACUUCGGCCUCUGCAAGAAGCUUCAGGGGGGACGACAGAGCUUCAGCCUCCGCUCUGGCAUCCCUGGCACCGAGGGCUGGAUCGCGCCCGAGGUGCUGCAGGAGACCAUGAAGGAGAACCCGACGUGUGCUGUGGACAUCUUCUCUGCCGGCUGCAUCUUCUACUACGUGGUGUCCGGAGGGCAGCACCCCUUUGGGGACAGCUUGCGGCGACAGGCCAACAUCUUGUCGGGCUCUUACCAGCUGAGCUGCCUGCAGGAAGAAGCUCACGACACGCUUGUUGCACGAGAGCUGAUCACGGCAAUGAUCAGCCAUGAGCCCCAGCACCGGCCCUCAGCCCCUGUGGUCCUCGUGCACCCCUUCUUCUGGAGUCAGGAGAAGCAGCUGCAGUUCUUCCAG